AUGGAAAGUUUAUUUUAUACGCGAACAAGAGACCCUCAUCAUAAUACUCAUAACACUCGCUACGUUUAAUGUUCGACACUAUGUCGUAAUUGUCAUUUUAAUCUGAUUUAAGGGUAUAUAAAAUACCUAUUUCGCAACGUGUCAAUUAUAACGGCAGAAACGUAUACCGUGUACGAGGGGCAAUGGCUUAAUGCUGUUCCAAACUCUGCAUUUUACGAUUCUGUGUAUUUGAUAAAUCACGUCUUGAAGGAUGAUGCGCUAUUCAGUCGCGUGGUGAAGUAUGGCUGAUGGUUGAUCUCUGUGCCACUAACGUUGUAGUGCUCGCACAGACGUAAAAAUGAUGAAACCAUCGAAUUACAACGUAUGAUAUAUUUUAUUUGUAUCGUAAAUUUAAUGUAAAUACGCAGGAAAGAAAUUGUAGGUAUUUUGUGUAAAUGCAACUGUAAAUAAAUUAAUCAAGCGACAGCGUAAUCGCUUAUUAACGAUAUUGUCAUUCCGACAGCGGCGUGCACAAAACUAUUGUUUGUGAUCUCGUAGUAAUCAGUAAUCAUGUAAUAUAUUAAUGUAUCAAUAGUGUAUUCAUGUAUGGAAAUGUGUCUGUUUUUUUAAGUUGCCGUCACAACAAUAUACAUAAAAUUUACAUUAAUCAUCAGAGAUGUUUCUUUUCAUCUAUCGGACCAUCGCAUUCAUAUUUCUCCUAAUCUCCGUUCGUUUCUUUCUGCCUACGUAGUGGUUUGUUGAAAUUUUCUAUUGUAAAAAUUGUGAAAGCAAACAGUUAAUGAACAAAAUUUAGUCUAGUAUUGCUUGUAUUGUCAGGAAAUUCCGCCUCUGGCCAUACCCACGGAGGAGAAUCCGAACAAUGAUCGUUGCUAAUAAGAUUCUAUCCAUUGUUACAUACAUCUAUAGGUCAGCAAUGCGUGUGCGGUCAGUCGGUCGGUCGGUCGGUCGGUCGACCGACCGGCCGGUUGACUGUCAACUGAUUCACCCAUUUACAACGUUCGUAUUGGUUUGGAUGCGCAAUACGUGCAAACAUUGUCCUGGGUAAUUGUGUACUAAACAAUUAAAAGCUUCGUGUGAAAUAAAACAGGUGAACAGUACUAUAAAGCGUUACAUGGCUGCUCCCGACCUUGGUAGUACUCAAACCGUGCGAAAAAUUGGAAUUUUGGUAAUUAAUAAAUCUGUUAAUUAACAAAUAAGACGAGGAAGACGUUGUUUAUUGAAAAGAGAGAGCAACAAAAAUAUAUUUCUUCUAUUUAACAGCGCGAGUUUCAUAGUACAAGUACAAUGAGAAUACUAGAAACAUUCGCUUGGACGUAGCUAUGCACGCGAUGCUAUCAAGAGCGGAGAAUUCCUUGGAUUGUCUGGAAUUGCCCUACGCAUCAGUCUCUCCCACGUCUACGAGACUCAGCCGUUCCAUGAACUACACAAAGUUCACCUGCACGGUAGCAGAGACCCACUGAAAGAUGUUAAAGACGUAUGGUUGCCGCAGCGUCGUAUGUCCGACAAGCCGCACGCAUACACGCGACGACGUGAUCAUCGGGAAGGACAAGAACAACAAAUAGGAGCACCACCGCGACCACGUCUACCGAGAGUCGUGGUCGUGGUCGUCAGAAGUGUGGUUCGAACGAGAAGAGAUAUCCUCCGGUUCAUGAGGGACCUAUAUAACUGUACUGUGUGUCUGGGUCAGGGGGCGGGCCGCCACGUUUAUAGUAUACUCUCUAUAUCGGACAGGUGUACCCCAUUCCGACUCCACGAGUUCUCGCGUGCACCAUCGCGAGCCACAGCCAGGCUGCAACGUGUCUUUCCUAGCUGCCGUGACAGAUAUUGCGGCGCAUCGCGGUAAACACGAAGAGAUCAGUCGCACGGGGAGCUCCCGUGGACACUUAACGAGCCGUUUCUGAAGAGAGCCACGAGUCAGCCGCAACUGGCUUUACAAACGUCUCUCGGGUCCUACCUUCACGCGCCGUUUGUCGGUUUCGUCCUCGUUUUCGCCACUGAAAUCGGUCGAGAUCAAUUGUCUGUGCUUUAGAGAGCCUCCGACCGCGCGGGCACGCGGAGAUUUCUUGGCACAUGGUGCUUCAAUCAGUGCGGUGCUUUGCUCGAACCCUCCUUCUCUUUCUCGUCGCGCAUCUUUGACACGGAAUCUGGCAAAGAGAAGUCUGUUCAUCUGCUUUUGACACCUGCUUUCCGAUUGGAUAAACCGGUACGGUUAGAAUACCUCACCGUGGACGCUAACACGGUAUGCGGUGGCGAAUCUUCAUUUUAGCCUGUCUCCUACUAAAGGGGCUGGCACGAACGGAGGAUGUGGAGGUAGUGGAGGCAAUCCCCGGAGAGGACAACCGAAACGAUAACUCAGCCUUGAAUCGUCAGGACAACGACAUAAACACGUCGGACCAAUUGGCGUUAGAAUCGCUAGGUGAGAAGGAUGCCGGCGGUAAUCAUUAUAAACCGGGUGGUCUCCGAGGGCAUCCCCUCCCACUUCCGCCAAGUCGCGGCGGGCUGGGACUGCCGCAUCCAAGACCACACCAUAACGUCGCGUAUCACGGGCCACCGCCGCCCUUGCCGCCGUCCAAGGCCUCGUCGUCGGAGGCGAUCGACAAGAUCUACACGACGGGUGGUGGCAUCAGUACAGCGGUAGGUGCAGAACCCUGGCCAGCACCCACGCCAGACAUGCCGAAGAUCAUUUCCUUAGACGUGAAGUGCGAGAAAAGUCUAAUGAAAGUUUAUCUCGGCUUCGACAAGCCGUUCUACGGUAUAGUUUUCAGCAAAGGGCAUUACAGCAACGUUAACUGUGUGCACUUACCAGCAGGCCUAGGGCGCACCUCGGUUAACUUCGAGAUUAGUAUUCACGCGUGCGGCACAGCUGGGAAUACAGAGAACGGUUUGUACGGGUACGGCGCGGAGUCCGGGUCGGGAACGUACUUCGAGAACAUUAUCGUCGUGCAGUAUGACCCGCAAGUUCAGGAAGUUUGGGAUCAGGCGCGAAAGUUGCGGUGCACUUGGCACGAUUUGUACGAGAAGUCCGUCACGUUCCGUCCGUUUCCCGUCGACAUGCUGGACGUGGUGCGCGCCGACUUCGCCGGCGACAACGUCGGCUGCUGGAUGCAGAUACAGGUCGGCAAGGGACCAUGGGCGUCCGAGGUCUCCGGAUUGGUGAAGAUCGGCCAAACGAUGACGAUGGUGCUCGCGAUAAAGGACGACGAUUCCAAGUUCGACAUGCUCGUGAGAAAUUGCAUGGCCCACGAUGGCAAACGGGCUCCGAUUCAACUGGUCGAUCAGAGGGGUUGCAUCACCAGGCCGAAGCUCAUGUCGCGGUUCACCAAGAUCAAGAACUUCGGCGCGUCCGCCUCGGUCCUCUCCUACGCCCAUUUCCAGGCGUUCAAGUUCCCCGACUCGAUGGAGGUGCACUUCCAGUGCACCAUACAGAUAUGUCGGUACCAAUGUCCCGAGCAAUGCUCCGAGUCUCCGUUGUUGCUGGAGUCGCAGGGUCUCUUGGAGAAUCAUCAUCCUCCGUCGAGCGGACAUCCCGAUUCCGGCUACGGUCUUCCGCCGCCUAUUCCGCUUCCCUUGGAAGCGUAUUUGCAGGCGGCCGCGGGACGUCCUCGCGACGAGAGACGACGAAAAUCGCGAGAGAUAAUGCCGACACCUCAGAAGGCGGUCGGUGUCAAUCGCAUAAUACGCGUUGUUUCCACCGGCGACCUGACAUUCUCCAUUGACGAGUCGAACAACGGGGAACCGAGUGGAUCGACGAUGAUCUUCCCCGUACGUAACGAGAACACGAGCGCCAGCGCAGCUAUGAUCUGCAUGACUACACCAGGUUUCGUCGUUACCCUCAUAGUGCUCCUCGCCGUGUUGCUAUUCUCGUGUAUACUUUCCACCUACCUCUGUCUACGCCUAAGACCGUUCUCAGGAAAAGCUAGGAAAGCCGCGGCGUAUUGCAACGAGGAACAAAGUACGCCUAAAAAGUCGACCAGGACGUGCUUUUAUUCAUAGAUGGAAAAAAAAAAAAAAAAAAUGAAAAAAAGAAAAGAAAAAGAAAUCGGUCGUAACAUCUUUCGAAAGAUCUGCACGUCGCGCUGUCGAUCGGCUCUACCUUUGCGCAGAGAACCUUCGUAUCGAGCGGGUUCCUUCCCACAGACUAGUUUCACUAUUUUCAUAGCGUUGAAUUAUUCGAUCGAACCACGAUGAGUUACGAAACUAGACGCGCACUGUUUUAUUUAUUUUUUUUUUUUUUGUUUUUAAGUUAUUUCGACGAUGCGGGAUUGCUCAAGAAACCAGCUGCCGAAUCUUUUGCGAACUGCAAAAGCGUUCGUUCUGGUGAUUUACUCGUUAGUUGUUGUUUCAUAUUUAUUUUCUGACCGAUUUACGUUUAAUCCUGUCGUUGGAUGUCGCAGAAACCGGUACUCUUGGUCGCGCCGUUGCAGGUAUCCUAGAGGCUACAGAAUGUUGCAAGCACAAUUCCGUCGUACGUCGACGCGUAUCGGACAGAGUAUCGUAUUGUUAAAUGAAAUUAAAAUAUAAACAGAUGCUCUUCGCCACGUGUACACCAUUAUUCGAUCGACCAGUUAUGGAUUUGUGCUUCGUCGUGAUGAAACUUACGCUCAAGCCGUUGCUGGCGACUAUGUAUGUAUAGACACUCUGAAAAUUUAGUCAAAGAUAAUCAAAUGUUCUGCCCUUGCGACUUCUUCGAUUACGAAUCGUCUCGGGACCAUGGUACUUGGGUAUUUUUUCAUUUUCUUCUUCCAAUUAACCGUUACCCGUCACAUACUGAUAAUGUGUAACUCGAUACAAUUAAGGCUGAAACACGACAAGAAAGAGAAACUAUUGUUGAUAAUAUUAUUUCGUUUUAAUAUCAUUUCUAUCACGAAGCUAAUCUCUCGAUUUUAAGAAUUUUUAUGUUAUAAGUUAACAAUAAACAAGAUACGUUCCGCUUCAGUGAAGUGGACACUUUUUGUGCGUUAGUUUAUGUAUGCACGCGCUGCCAUGUAACGAAGUUCUUUCUAUUUAAUUAGAACAUCUUUAUCUGAAACAUCGUAUUAUGCGAUUAUGCGUAUUAUGCGGUAGAACGUCGAUUAUCUUUUGGUAAACGAUUCGAAGCUUCUCGUACAAUUAAGAAUAAAGUGACCGUCAGCGAUACACAGCAGCAGCAACGCAAUUUUUAUUGCGCAAAAGACCUUAAUUGCAGAGUAUAAGAAACGAACGAAGUAUAGCUAAGUUUCUAAAUAUUCUAAAUACUUGGAGAGCAUUUACUUCUUCCUGAACUUUCAUCCAUUUUGACAUUCGACGAAUUUUAAAUUUCCCCUCCUUCGUUUGAAAAAAAAGGAAAAAAAUAGAAACGUUCUAAUUUAUCAAGAUUGAUAUUUUUGAUUUAGAUUUCAUUGUUAUCUAGAAAUGUAACGCAACCGUGUGUUUUAAAGCAUAAAUGGUCUCGAUACGCAACACCUGAAUUUUGAUAAUCGACGUUUCACCGUAUAUACAAAUUGAAAUCGACAUUAUGUAAAAUCAUGGACAAUAAAUGACAAAUUGGCAUUACUGCGUAAUAUGUUUUCUAAUUAAACGAUGUUCGACGAAUGAAACGAUUUUGGUAAUUACACGAAUGAGGGAAAUUGCAACAAAGCGUUGAUAUGUCAAAUGUAUAAAGGAAAUAGUCAGUAGCUUGUAAUAGCACGCGAAACAUUAUAAUAUAAUAUUUAAUAUUAA